AUGAAGAGGUCUGCCUCGGCCCUCGAGGGACCCCCAGGAUGGGGAGAUGUUCCUCCUAUGAUGACCAACUCCCGUUCAUCAUUCCGCCCUCCUUAUGCUCACUUUGCCAUGAUUUAUCUCGACCGUGAUGGCAAGCUCAAGGUUGAUGAAUCAUCUUCCAUUCAAGAGCAAAACUCCACUGUUUUCACCCCAGAAGUCCGCCAGAACUUCCUAGAGAUUCUGGGUGAACGCAUCGGCUACCAUGUCCCUGCUCGCCAGACAAUGGACACAUCUCCUCGUCGAGUGAGACGCCGCAAGGGCAACGCUCCUGUUCUUUCUGUCAACGAUGACCGCCUGACUGAGCAGGACACGGAUAGCGAGGAGCUUCCUAGCGGGUCUACUGAAAUGGUUCCUCUGCGUAUUGGAGACGCCCAAAAGGUUAUGGCCUACUACGAAGGGGCACUAAAGCAUUUCCAACAGCUGAACUGCCGCAUGGUUGCCAAGGCAUUCAUCAAAUUCAUCGAACCUCGCAAGCAGGUCCGACACCCUUACAACGGUGGCAAACCACCAGCAGGAUCCGCCCCCGGUACUACAGGUGACCCAGAAAAGACUAAGCCCGAGUGGUGGCCUCCCGGUGUUAUGCACAAGGAGCCUGACCACUUGAGAAAAGAGUACCGCAUCGAACUCUUGCUUCACAUUAUCCGCAAGCUUGGUGCUUACGGUAUUACUGCUGAUAAGCUCAAGGAUGUUGCUGGCGACACCAAGCGGAGCUUAAAGCACGCAUCCCAUGUCGAGAUCAUCUACGAGAUCCUCCGGGUCCGCAAGAUGGAGGAGCGCUUCGAACGAGGUGAAGUUGAUGCGAACAUGGUCGUCUACACUAUGAACCGUGGCCCUAGCCCUAAGGGCGACGAAGAAGACGACUCCGCCGCCUCAGUCACUAUCGAGGAGCCCGAGCACAUCAACCAAGGAUUAAUGACCCCUAUCUCAUCAUUCGAGCAAGCAUCCACCUCAUUAACCACACCCAUCGACAACAUCCCAUCAGCCCGCUCCCAUCCAGGCAAUUUUUCCAUGGCAGAGUCUCUUACCUUCGAAAACACCACCCGCCAGGACCGCCCUUACUACACCACACCUCCCCAAUAUACCGAUUCAUUCUCGCAGCCCAUGAUCAGCACUCCCGUGACCGCAGAGAUGAUCAGCCCCCACGACGUCUCAGUCUCAGCCUUCGACUACUCCGCUCACAACACCUACCCAAACAACACCACCGAUCAGCGCGCGGGGGUAAAUGGCCACUACGAUACCUGGACCCCGACUUUCCGCCAAAACAUCUUCAGCCCUGUUGACUACGCUACACCGGCAUCUAGCCAGGGUAUGCCCCAGCCUGCGAUGACAUACCAGAUGCCUAUGGUAUCACACAUGCAUGACAUGUCCCAUCACCACGCCCAGCAAUCCCACAUGGACUCCAUUCACCAAAGAUCCCUGCCUUUCCGUACGGGAUCGCUGGGCCACCCAAACCCUAACGGGAUGACUCUCUCCCACGCUGUUUAA